CAGAGAAAACGAAACUCAGAGUGUAUCUCUCUCUCGCUGUCAGUCAGUGUGAGAGUGCAGGAAAAUGGCCGAGGCUAGUAUUUCAGUAGAUCAGCUUUCAGUGGAUCAGUUCAUCUGUCCAAUCUGUCUGGAUCUACUGAAGGAUCCAGUGACUAUCCCCUGUGGUCACAGUUUCUGUAAGGUGUGUAUUAAUGACUGCUGGGAUCAGGAUGAUAAGAGUGGAGUUUAUAGCUGUCCUCAGUGCAGAGACACUUUCACUCCAAGGCCUGUUCUACGCAGAAACAACAUGCUGGCUGAAGUGGUGGAGAAACUGAAGAAGACUGAAGUCCAAGCUGCUUCUCCUGCUCACUGUUACGCUGGACCUGGAGAUGUGGAGUGUGAUUUCUGCAGCGGGAGAAAACACAAAGCCGUCAAGUCCUGUCUGAUGUGUCUGGCCUCCUUUUGUGAAACUCAUCUGAAACCUCACUAUGAAGUUCCAGGAUUGAAAAAACACAAAUUAAUUGAAGCCUCUGGAAAUCUACAAGAGAAGGUCUGCUCUGAGCAUGAUAAAGUGCUGGAGAUCUACUGUCGUACUGACCAAAGCUUCAUCUGUUAUCUGUGUAUGACGGAUGAACACAAAAGCCACGACACCGUCUCAGUUAAAGCAUACACAACUGAAAAACAGAGUGAGCUAAAGGAGGAGCAGAUGAAAUCCCAGCAGAGAAUCCAGGAGAAGCAGAAGAAGGUGCAGGAGCUGAAACAGGCUGUGAACACUAUAAAGCUGAGUGCACAGACAGCAGUGGAGGACAGUGAGAGGAUCUUUACUGAGCUGAUCAGCUCCAUGGAGAAAAAGCGCUCGGAGGUGACGGAGCUGAUCAGAGCUCAGGAGAAGACUGAAGUGAGUCGAGCUGAACGACUCCUGGAGCAACUGGAGCAGGAGAUUGCUGAUCUUCAGAGGAGAGUCACUGAGCUGGAGCAGCUUUCACACACACACGAUCACAUCCAUUUCCUCCAGAGUUUCCAGUCUCUCUGUGUCUCUUCUGGACGUGAGGACUCACCCAGCAUCACUGUCAAUCAACAUCUCUCAUUUGAUGGAGUGAGGAAAUCUCUCUCUGAUCUGAAAAAGAGACUGGAGGAAUUCUGCCAGGAGGAAUUCAUCAAAAUCCCUAGACAUGCUGCAGCAGUUCAGAUGAUUUUACCCUCAGAACCAAAGAGCAGAGAAGAUUUUCUGCACUAUUUCUGUGAUCUGACUCUGGAUCCUGACACAGUACAUAAUUACCUCAUUCUGUCUGAGAAGAACAGAGUGGUGACGUACAGUGAUAUAAAGCAGCCGUACUCUGAUCAUCCAGAGAGAUUUGACUCCUGGGAACAGGUGUUGUGUAAGGAGAGUGUGUGUGGACGCUGUUACUGGGAGGUGGAGUGGAGCAGUGAGGGAUGUGUGUACAUAUCAGUCUCAUAUAAAGACAUCAGCAGGAAAGGUCAAGGUAAUGAGUGUGGGUUUGGACGCAACAAUCAGUCCUGGAGUCUGCGGUGUUCUUCUUCUUCUCACUCUUUCUGGCACAACAACAUUAAGACUGAUCUCAGAGUUCCAUCAUCCUCCAGAAUAGGAGUGUAUGUGGAUCACAGUGCAGGAACUCUGUCCUUCUACAGCGUCUCUGACACGAUGAAGCUCCUCCACAGAGUCCACACCACAUUCACUCAGCCUCUAUACGCUGGAUUCAGGUUACCUUAUAGACGAUCAAGUGUGAGAUUAUGUAAUUUUCCUUAAUACUCUUAUCUUCUUUCCUCUGUCUUUUAGGACAUUUGGAUAUUAUGAUUGGGAAUAUUAUAAAAAAAAGAAUAUAUUUUAGAACAUUAUGUUGUUUCUGAAUGUACAGUAUGUUUUAAACAAAAAAAACUACGAUUGAUUGUGUAUGAUUUUUUUUUUUUUUCAAAUUUCCAUCUGUCCAAUUUGCCUCUUCACUCCAUCCAGUCUAGCAUACGCAUGAAAACUAUCAGGUGUAAAAUAUCAUUAAAAUAUUAAGUCCUUUAAGUUUCAGCUUCUCAUCUAAAGUGGCUUUUGUAGGUAAAAAAUAAUAUAUUUUGUAUAACGAGCUAUUACGGUGAAAACUCACAUAUCACAUGACUAAAAAGUUUACAGUAUUUCUGUUUCAUUGCAAUAAACGGUGUAUAAAUGUG